CAUGGCAUGGCAUGGCAUGGUAUGGCACACAUGGCCACUGCCAACGACUUCGCCACAAGAUGCAAUGCUGUGCUGUGCUGUGCUGUGCUGCAUUGUCCAUCGCUCACGCCUGCGCUGGACGACGACUUCCUUCUGGUACAGCAUGCCAUGCUCGAACGCCUUCCGCAAUCUGCAUUGCUGCCUUCCAAAUGCCAUCCGAGCAUAAGCACCCACGGCAAGUAGUAAUGCGCGCCUUGUUUACUCGUCCUGGAGUCUUCCUGUCUGCUCGCAUCUUCAAUCCCAUCUUCAACAUCAUACAUCCACCCACCACCAUACUUCGACCGACAGCAACAUCGGUCAGAAUACUUUGCACUGCUUCUUGUCAGCUCUUCCAACAUCAUCGACACUCGACAUCUACCCGCCCCGCAGAGCCAAUCAUCAUCUGUCACCACUCAGCACCACCUGCGCGCUCCGCUCCGCCAGGAUGGAGCCCAUCACAAAAUGGCUGGCCAUUGCUCUUGCAAUCUUUCCCGCCACUACCGUCUCUGCACAACCGGCCAGCACUGUAGUCCUGCUGCCUAACUCGACCGGUCCUGGCGGCAUGAUCCUAGCUCCCGCUUCACCUACACUUUCUUCCACAACUUGGCCUUCUUCGUCGACUAUUCUCGUCCAAGACGCCCGCUCAGGCUUUCUUCCCGCAUCGCUGUUCGACGCCAUAGUCUCAGGUCAUACCAAAGGCCAAACCCUGACCGAUACCCUCACCGCAGCCUCCGGCGUCUUCACGGUGACUGCUGUGGUGAAGGACACCUUCCUACCGGCUUUGGAGUACACUAUAGGACCGCAGAAGGGCCCUUCUGGCCGCAACGCCGAGGAGCGAACAAUCGUGGCAUCGGUGACCGCGAAACAUGAUAUGAUGUACCUGACAGAGAGCUGGUACGAUCACGGCGGCCAUCGCUCGGUCGGCAGGAUAUCGCUCGACUGGACUCCCGCAAUUCCAGCCCCCUACUCAACUACCAUGGAGAAUGUCCCGGUGAUUCCGACGGCUCAGCCAGGAGCAAUAACGGUACAGAUCGUCACCAGCACUGCUACAGCAUGGCCGAUGACUACUCCAGUGACUGCCUUCGCAACCCCAGCCACAGCCCCACCAGGAGCACUACAGUUGACCGAACCAAGAGUCUCCGGUCUCGUCGCAACACCCAUUGAGUACCACGUCAUCAUCAAUGAAGCCGAUUCAGACUAUUGCACAUCCUACAACGACGCAAACACCAGACGCAUUUGUUCCUGUACAGCAUCUCACAAGAAGCCCAUGCAGAUCACCGCUAUCGUACCCGAACCCUCAAUUGCCAACAACGUGACUUGGUGGGUACCCGGCACCACGACAAUGCAGCUGAGCGGACAUCACUGGGGCACAACCGAUCCAAAACUCACGUAUUUCCCGCUUGUCAACUUGCCUGACGGGCCAUUUGCUAUUCAACCCCCGACCAAGAACAAGCACUUCUUCACCAAAGCGACGUGCACUGAUGAACGAGAGUGCUACUCUCAAUGCUACCGCCAUACAUACCAAAAGAGAGCGAGCAAGCAUCGUGCCGUCAAGAUUGGCGCUGCCGUAGGUGCAGCAGUUGCAGCGGCUUUACUCGCAGGACUGUGCUGCAUUGGGUGCUCCCUCCUAUGUCUGCCGCGCCUCCGAGACAGGACAAGAAGACGUCGAGAUCAAAAGGGCAAGCCAACAGUUACAGAGGCAGUAACGCACCCUGUGACCACUACCGCACCAGAAGUACGUGAGGUCCCCGCUGCUGCUGCUGCCACGACCGCCGCUGCUGACCCAGCCCAUCCCGCCGAAAACAAAGGCACACUCGGCCGCCAAGCCGAAGAAGGUCGCGGCCGUCCUGCAGUCCAGUUCGAUGAGGCUCACAAAGCGGGUGAUGAGAAGGCCACUGCUGGUGCUCCGAACGGCACGACACACGUGGAGCACGUCGUCAAGCCUACAGAACCAGGGGUCGCUCCUGUCGAAGCUGUUCACGACGGUGCCACCGGGCAUGAUAUUGGCAGCCUUCGGGGCCGUCGGCGCCUGCGUGGAGAGGGCUUGUGAGGAGUGGUCGGCUACUGCCUGUGCAUGGAAAGAGCGUUCUCCUCAUCAGGCGCUGCUCAUCUGGCGUGAGCACAAUAAUAUCACGCAUUGGGGUUCUGCAUUAUAACAAACUUCGCAUCCUAGAUAAAUUCUAAUGGAGUCCGUUCGCUGCUG